AUGCCGGAAAGAUCAACCACCGAGGCAAUUCAUCUUUUGAGGAGACUGAUAGAAAAGUGUAGGGAGCGAAAGAAGGAUGUGCAUUUGGUGUUCAUCGAUCUGGAGAAAGCGUACGACAGCAUACCACGAAACAUCGUUUGGGAUAGCCUCAAGAAUAAAGGUUCAGCACUAAGUCCUUUCAUUUUUACGGUCAUUAUGGAGGAAAUCUCUAAAUCCAUCUGGGAGACCAUACCAUGGUGCAUGCUUUUCACCGAUGAUAUAGUAAAUUGGAAGAGUGGGGGUAAGGGGUUGCGCAUAAGCCAUACGAAGAUAGAAUAUUUGCGAUGCAAUUUUAGUGGGACAGAGUCGAUAGGGGAGCCAGAGGUGACCACAGCGGGAGAAGUUGUUGCAUGUACGUCCAAGUUCAAAUAUUUGGAAUCAGUGAUUCAGAGUAAUGGGGAGAUUGAAGAAGACGUUACUAAGCGUAUACAAGCGGGUUGA